AUGGUUGCCUCAACGCCCUUCAGCUCAGUACUACAUCAUAUUCUUUCUACAGCAAAGACUACUGAAGCGAGUAAUAAAGGAAAAAGAAAGGCAACGUCUCAUACUGCAGACGUUUUACUUUCAGAGUUGCCAAAAGUUAAAAAGAAAGAGGAAUCGCUCGACAUACAAAAAUUCAUCGCAUUAGUUGAGAACUAUACAAACGAUAGCAUAAAUAGAGAAGUGCCUUCUCCUAAAUUUGUAAAUGACGUUGAAUUCCAAUACCCAAGCAAGCCGUUUAUCAAACUGUCAAAAAUAAAUGGAAAAGAUCUGCAUACAAACCUAAACAGUUCAAAUCAAGUUAGACAACCAAUAUCAAAUUCCAUAGCAAAAGCUUCAUUAAAGACAGUUACAGUUUAUGAUCGCAAUUGGUUACUACAGGAAUGCCUCAACUAUACACGUAACAAUGCAGAAGUGAAUCUGAGUGCACAGCAAUUAUGUGCUGAUAUCUUCACAAUUAUAAGAUCUGGUAAAAGUGACGAUGAUAUCCAGAAUUCGCUGGUUGAGUUAUUGGGUUAUACUGCGCUCGAUUUCGUUACAACACUUAUAUCAAACAGACCCACCAUCGUUCACAAUAUUAUGAAAAUGUCGGACUAUGACGAACGUGUAUUGAAAGAAACUGCUACAGUGCCUGUCGCGCAGACUGCAAUUCGUAGACCCAUAUAUGGAACACAAUUCACUGUCCAAACAGAAAAGGAAAUGAGGGAAGAGAAGAAGUUGAGGAAAGAGCAGAAGAAAGCAUCAAGGACUGGAAACAAAAACGAAGAUAAUGCAAAUGCUGUAUCUAUGAGUAUUCUUGGAUUUGAUGGAGAGGACUUGAAGCUAGCUAGAGAAACGGCUUUAUCGGAGGCCAGCCAAGCACCACUAUUCAGUUCCAAUUACAAAACAGCAUCAGCAACAAAAUAUCCACAUGUUUAUCAGUCUGGACAGAGCGGCAGUAUACUAUCUUUAUAUGGCACACGCUUUGCUUUGCCAGCAGGGACUGUACGUGAAGAUUUCAAUGAUUAUGAAGAGACAACUAUACCUGUGCCGAAGAUUGCACCAGUACGUUCUGGUGAAAGACGAGUUCCAAUUUCAGAAAUGGACAGUUUAGCCAGAGGAGCCUUUAAGGCUUAUGAGUCACUGAACAGGGUACAAUCAAUUGUCUAUCCAAUUGCUUACGAGACAAAUGAAAACAUGUUGGUCUGUGCUCCUACUGGUGCCGGUAAAACUGAUGUCGCUAUGUUGACUGUUCUGCGUUGUUUAUCGCAACACUGUUCUCCCCCUCCACGCAAGGGAACAACUGAGAUAGAUUUUACAAUCGCUAAGAACGACUUCAAAAUUGUAUACGUAGCACCAAUGAAGGCUUUAGCCGCUGAAGUGGUUGAAAAAAUGGCGAAGAGACUUAAAUUUCUCGGAAUCAAUGUCCGUGAAUUGACAGGUGAUAUGCAGUUAUCAAGAACAGAGAUAAAUGCCACUCAAUUCAUUGUAACAACUCCAGAGAAAUGGGAUGUCAUUACUAGGAAAGGUACUGGCGACGUUGAGCUCACACAGAAAGUAAAAUUAUUGAUCAUUGAUGAGGUGCAUCUCUUGCACGAAGAUCGUGGUGCAGUCAUUGAAAGCAUUAUUGCUAGAACUCUUCGUCAAGUUGAGUCUAGUCAAUCCUUGAUUCGCAUUGUUGGUUUAUCUGCUACACUUCCAAAUUACGUUGACGUUGCUGCUUUCUUAAGGGUCAAUCCUUACCAAGGUUUAUUCUAUUUUGAUAAUGGGUUCAGACCUGUACCUCUUGAGCAACAUUUUCUGGGAAUUAAAGGUAAACCUAACUCGGUCCAAUCUAAUGAAAGGAUGAAUCGUGCUUGUUUCGAUAAAGUGUCAGAGUUAGUGAAGGAUGGUCAUCAAGUUAUGGUUUUUGUACAUGCUCGAAAAGAAACAGUGAAAACAGCUCAAAUUUUGAGAGAAGAAGUUUCCAAUGAAGCAAUAACAGAAUUUUUCGACUGUUCUGAUUCACCUAAAUUCUCUCAAUUCAAAAAAGAAGUGGCGAAAUCACGAAAUAAGGAACUCAAAGAACUAUUUCAGUAUGGUUUUGGUAUUCAUCAUGCUGGUAUGCUGCGAUCAGACCGUACAUUAACUGAACGUAUGUUUCAAGAAGGUGCUCUAAAAGUGCUCUGUUGCACUGCAACUCUUGCGUGGGGAGUGAAUUUGCCAGCUUAUGCGGUGGUUAUUAAAGGCACCCAGGUGUAUGAUUCCACUAAAGGUAGCUUCGUAGACUUAUCUAUUCUGGAUGUACUUCAGAUUUUUGGUCGUGCUGGUCGUCCGCAAUAUGAAUCUCAUGGCGUUGGUUACAUUUUGACAACACAUGAUAGACUGUCUCAUUACAUAUCAGCUAUUACACAACAACAUCCAAUUGAAUCGAAGUUUAUUGAGAAUAUUGUUGACAAUUUGAAUGCUGAAAUAUCUCUGGGAACAGUAACGAAUAUUGAUGAAGCAGUAACCUGGUUGAGUUAUACGUACCUUUAUGUUCGAAUGAAAAAGAAUCCAAUGAUAUAUGGUAUGGAUCAUUCUGAACCUAUCAAUGAUCCUUUACUAGGCCGCAAACGUCAUGAAAUCAUCACUCUUGCUGCACGUAAACUAGCCAAAUGUCAAAUGAUAAUAUUUGAUGAAAACACAGGUUAUUUGAUACCCAAAGACCUUGGCCGUAUUGCAUCGAAUUUUUAUAUCAGCCACACUAGUAUUGAAAUCUUCAAUACGAUGAUGAAACCUAGAAUGACUGAAGCCGAUGUUCUCUCUAUGAUGAGUAUGAGUUCUGAAUUUGAUCAAAUAAAAUCCCGAGAUAAUGAGCACCAAGAGUUGAAGAAACUACUGGAGAAUGGUUGCGCUUGUGAUAUCCGGGGUGGUGUUGAAGAUACACAUGGAAAGGUCAAUAUUUUGUUGCAAGCUUAUGUUUCAAAUGCAUUUAUUGAAGACUUUGCCCUGGUAUCUGAUUGCGCUUAUGUAGCUCAAAACUCAGGCCGUAUUGCUCGUGCUCUUUUUGAAAUCGCUUUAAAUAGAAACUGGGGCCCUACAGCAUCCGUAUUGCUGCAAAUCAACAAAGCAGUUGAAAAGCGUAUGUGGACUUUCCAACAUCCAUUGCGACAAAUGGGCUUGCCUCACGAUAUUUUAAACAAACUCGAAAGCCGAACACAUGAAGUUAGUAUAGAAGAAAUGCGUGAUAUGGAUCCAAAUGAACUAGGCGAGCUUGUACACCAUAGACGCAUGGGCAUGACAAUAUCGAAGUGUGUUGAUCAGUUCCCUAUGCUAUUGUUAGAUGCACGUAUAGCACCAAUUACUCGCAAUGUUUUGAAUAUUGAGUUAACUAUAACACCCGAUUUUGUAUGGAAUGAUCGUAUUCACGGUAGCGCAGAACCAUGGUACAUCUGGGCUGAAGACUCCGAAAAUGUUGAGAUUUACUAUUCUGAAUACUUUUUGUUAUACAAAAAGCAGUUUGGUGAACCUAUCAAGAUUGCAUUUACAGUUCCAUUGAUCGAGCCUCUGCCUUCACAGAUUUAUGUUCGCGCUGUAUCCGAUAGAUGGCUUGGUGCAGAAACAAUUUUACCAAUUUCCUUUCAACAUUUGAUUUUACCCGAAUUAUAUCCUCCGCAUACAGAUUUGCUUGAUUUACAGCCAUUGCCAAUUUCUGCCUUAAAGAAUGAAAUAUUAGAGGGUAUUUGUGCUCAAAGAUUCACUCACUUCAACCCUGUACAAACACAAAUUUUCCAUACACUAUACAACACGAACCAUAAUGCACUUGUGGGCGCACCGACUGGCUCAGGUAAAACUGUCGCUGCAGAAUUGGUUAUGUGGGCGGCCUUCAGAGACAGACCUAGUUCCAAAGUUGUUUACAUUGCACCCAUGAAAGCACUGGUCAAAGAAAGAGUGCUUGAUUGGAAUAAGCGUUUAACGGGACCUAUGGGCAAAAAAUUAGUUGAAUUGACUGGUGAUGUAACGCCUGAUCUCAAAACAAUAGAAGCGGCUGAUAUCAUUAUCACCACACCUGAAAAGUGGGAUGGUAUUAGUAGAAGCUGGCAAAAACGUAGUUACGUACAAAAUGUUUCGUGUGUCAUAAUCGAUGAAAUUCAUCUGUUAGGUGGUGAUCGUGGUCCUAUUCUGGAAGUGAUUGUCUCUCGUAUGAAUUACAUCGGUUCCCAGCUCGAUCAGAAGGUGCGUAUAGUUGGUCUAUCUACAGCUUUAGCCAACGCGGUAGACCUGGCUAGCUGGCUCGGUAUUGAUAAGAUAGGUCUAUUCAAUUUCAGACAUUCAGUUCGUCCAGUACCAUUAGAAAUAUACAUUGAUGGUUUUCCGGGAAAGCAUUACUGUCCUAGAAUGGCAACGAUGAAUAAACCAACAUAUGCAGCUAUCAAGACACACUCGCCAACACAACCCGUUAUUGUUUUCGUAUCUUCUCGUAGACAAACUCGACUAACAGCUCAAGAUUUGAUUGCUUAUUGUGGUAUGGAAGAUAAUCCACGUCAAUGGCUCCACAUGGAUGAUACAGAGAUGGAAAUGAUUCUCGAAAAUGUUCAUGACGAAUCCUUAAGAAUGUCUCUUGCUUUCGGUAUCGGUCUCCAUCAUGCUGGUUUGAAAGAAAGUGACCGAAAAAUUGUCGAAGAGUUAUUCUUAAAUAUGAAAAUUCAAAUCUUGAUUGCCACUAGUACUUUGGCAUGGGGUGUCAACCUGCCGGCACAUUUAGUAGUGAUCAAGGGUACCGAAUUCUACAACUAUAAAGAGCACCGUUAUGUAGAUUUUCCAAUUACUGACGUAUUACAGAUGAUGGGUCGUGCUGGUCGUCCUCAAUUUGAUAAUACGGGUAUUGCCCGUGUAUUUGUGCAAGACAGCAAAAAGAAUUUCUUCAAAAAGUUCUUGCAUGAGCCAUUCCCCGUAGAAUCCAGCCUCCACAAAUACUUGGAUGACCACAUCAACGCAGAAAUUGUAGGAGGUACUAUCAAAACAAAACAGGAUGCUCUAGACUAUCUUACUUGGACCUAUUUCUAUCGCCGCCUGCAACAAAAUCCUACUUAUUAUGGAUUGGAUGACAUGACACAAAAUGGUGUUAAUAGUUUCUUAUCGAAUAUGAUCAAUGAUGUUACUCAAAGACUAGAAGAGUCUGGCUGCAUUGAGAUAGUUGAUGAUUUUGAAUUAAUACCAUCAGUAUCAGCACAUAUUGCAUCCUACUAUUACCUUCACCCGCAAACUGUACGCCAUUUUCAUGAAAACCUAAGAAAAGAUUCAGCUAUUGACGAUAUUCUGGACAUACUUGGUAACGUACCUGAGUAUGAAGAAUUACCAGCACGCUGUCAAGAAGAUUUGAUCAACCAAGAAAUUGAAAAACAUAUACCUUAUGAUGUCAAGGGUACACCCAACUUUAUCAGCCCGCAUGUCAAAGCUUAUGUGUUGGUGCAAGCCCAUAUCAGUAGACUGGAACUACCAAGCUCGGAUUAUAUCACCGAUCAAAUUACAGUCUUAGAUUCAGCCAUUCGUUUUUCUCAAGCCAUGAUUGACGUGGCAGCCGAUAGUGGCUACUUAACUACCACUUUAAGGAUCAUGAAUAUGCUUCAAAGUGUUAAGCAAGCACGUUGGCAUACAGAAUCUCCAUUAUUAACCCUACCUCAUAUCAAUCAGCGAAUCUUGCAAUUUAUAAAAUAUAAGGGAAAACCAGUGAAAUCUUUGACACAACUUAUGAAAUUGCAACGAUCUCAAAUCAAGCAGAUAUUUUCGAAUAUCUAUGAACUUAAUGACGAAAAAAUUGAAGAGAUUUGCCGUAUUAUCGAUAGAAUACCUUCAAUCAAUAUGAAAGUAGAAAUAGAUUCAAAGAAACCCUACCUUAUUCCUGAUACAACGUAUAGGUUGUCUGUCCAAUUAAACAGAGUUACUCAUGACAGAAAACCUCAUGAUGGUCGUAUUCAUGCUCCUCUUUUCCCUAAACCUCAGUAUGAAUCAUGGUGGUUAGUCUUAGGUGAUGAAACUAGUGGUGAAUUAUUAGCAUUGAAACGUGUCAGCAUGCGUAAUGGGCCUAAUGAAAGUUUACAGAAUCGUACCAACACGAGCCUAACAUUUGACACACCGGCUCACUUUGGUAAGCAUGAAUAUUCAGUUUUUUUGAUCAGUGAUGGCUAUCUUGGUUUAGACAUGAAGAAGGGAGUUAUUUUUGAAACAAGGAUGGAUUUGGAUCAUUAA